AUGUCCCAAAUGCCCGAACCCGUCGUAAACAACAACAAUAACAAACAAAACUUUUUACCUCCCGCUGAGCGGUUUGGACCAACCGACAACCAAACUUUUGCACACCACGUCCAGACUCUCUACGAAUUAGCCGUACCAAACACAAGCAUUUACCAUGCACUGAAUAGCGAGCUUCCCGUCAGUAAUCUUGUAGAUACAUUUAACGCUGCAUCAAAAGAGAUUGACUUAUGGCUAGAGUACGCAAACAUUGCCAUAUUCGCUCUUGAACUUGACGUACGAGAAGGUAUGAGCAUAAAGAAUGUCGGUGAAAUGGAUGUUCUGAUUCACAAGUUCGCUCCAAACGUUGACUUGCUACGAGAGUUAUCUCAAAAAAUAAUCAGUCAGCUAAAGGAGUCGGAUGAAGACGAUGAGAACACCAAAAAAACUAUCACUGAAAAUUUUGAAAGAAUACACGGCGAUUGGAUGGAGGCCAAGGCUUUCUUUCAGAAAGUGAAGAAAGAAAUGUCAGAGUCGAAACAAAGACGAGAACUUUUGGACACUAUGGAUCAGAUAUUAGCUUCAAUCGAGGAAUUAAACACAAAUAUCUUCGAGUAUCAAGAACAUAGGCAUAGUGGUAUGAUCGGAGGCGAUAAUGUUGUUCAUAGUGAACAGGAGAAUGGUGGUCGAAGUAGACCAAUGACUCCGGCUGCACAAGGGGUAUCUCCUGGAAAUGAAUUAAGCUCACGUGCUGAUGUUGCAUUAAUGCGAUUAGAUUCCCGUCUAGAUCCACUUUCAGCUCGAAUAGAGUAUCUAAAAUCUCGUCUAUCUGCUCCAAAUGCUCCUUCUGAUCCAACUGGAGCACUAGCAAAGAAAAAUAAAAUUUUAACCAAUAAGUGGGACGCAUUGAAUCGUGAAAUGAAAUCUUUACGAGAAGAACUCAAAGAAGAUCGAUGGCUGACAGUAUUCAAACAAGUUUCUACACAAGCAAAUCAAAUGAUGGAUUCACUUGAUAGAGCUGUUCGACAAUGCAGAGAUUUUAUUUCACGUGCCACUAAUCGCUCCGAAUCACCAUUACCAAUAAGGCAAUUACAAGCACGCGGAAUGGCAAUACCUUCGCCUUCACCUUCACAACGCUUUGGUCAGCAGCAACAAUCAAUAAUACAACCUCCUGUACAAAUUAAUAGCAAAAAUUUCCAAAGGCUUUACAAAAAUUUCGAUUCAAAACGAAAAUAUUAUCUUCCGGCAGUUACAAAAAUGCUGACGAUACUCGGGAAUGACAUCAAUAAUGAGAUGACCAAAGAUUGGGAAGUUAUCAACAAAUAUAAAUCAAUGAAAGAAAGAUGGGAUUAUAUCUUGGAAGGUGUAGCUGAAGUUCAACGAGAUAUGCCUAAAUUAGAAGCUUUAAUGGAUGCAUCAUUUAUUCCUAGUAACUCGCCGCCUUCUUCAAAACCAUCUUCCAUCGCUUCAUCGCCACCAAUUUCGCCUAAUAUGCGACCAGUAAGAGGGGUCUUUUCUCCUGAAGUUGGAUCACCUCCAAAACCUAAUCGACCCAUAUCACCACAUCAUACAGAACGUGCUCUAUCGCCUCCGCGAAAUAAUAAUCCUGCUAUAUCUCCUUCAUUACGAUCAAAAUCACCCUCUCCUCGAGAAUUGAGUCCAUAUGGUAAUCGACAACAAAAUUAUUUAUCAGCAAAUAGCCGUCUAUCAGAAAGUCCUCCCAUGCCUUCAUUUCAAGAACAUAGACCUCCAUGGAAUUCUCACAAUUUGCAACAACCACAUAAUUCCUCGCCAUAUAGUCCAACUUAUCAUAAUAAUGGAUUCAGCAAUUCACAAUAUCGAUCAGUAUCACCACAGUUAGGCUAUGAUAAAUAUUAUGGUCGAACGAAACCUCCAAGUCGUUCAAAUUCACCAAUAAGGUCGCCUUCAGUAGCAGCCACGCGUCCAAUAUCCCCCGGUGAACGUGUACAUGCAUCUGCAAUACCAAGGCCUGUAACUAGUAUGGGAAUAGCUGGUAGAGCUAAUUCACGAAUUGGAAUGCGUUCAAUGCUUCCCACCUCAAGUACUCCAUCACCUGGUAUGAUGUCAAGUAUGUAUGUACCAAAAGCUCGUCAAGCACGAUCUCCUACUCCUUCUUCGAAUGCCAGUGAUGCUUCGCGCCCCAUGACACCAGAAGCUUAUGAACAUGAUGAAAACGAGGAAUACAUAAUAGAUACACUAAAAAAUAUGAAAAUGAAAAAUCAUCCGAAAUAUGUUCCGCUAAAAAAUGAUCCACUAGAUGCUGAAGUCGCAAAGAUAGUGAAUAAACAUCCGGUUUCAGUCAAAAUAGAGCGUGCGCCAGGUGGUAAAGGCAAAUAUUGCUUUGGAAAUGAAGGGUCAUCUUCCGGCAAAAAGAUUUACCUUUGUCGAUUAAAUCCAAACCCAAAUUCCAAAAAUAAAGUCACUGUUCGAGUGGGAGGCGGAUGGCAGGAUUUUGAGAUGUUUUUGUUGGAACAUAGCUUAACUAGCAAUAUUGGAGCACGAAGCCUAUUUUCAUAA